AUUUGUUGGUUUAGAAGACUUACUUUUUAGCCAAUACACCUAAUUGCAUACUAUUUAAGUGGUAAAAUAUUUCAAAAUUAAUUGCGGAUACCAGAUUGUUUACCAUCGAGAGCCUUCUAACACUGUCUGCAGGCCUAUGUUGUGAUGACCUAAUUAAAAUCGAUAGACCAAUCAAAAUUCGUAUUCUUGAUUUUGGAUGUGUAUUCAAAAUUAGGACUAAACAUGCUUAAAUGACUCUUUCAAAAUUAGUACAACGAUUCUGAAAAAAGUUGAAUUAAUUACUGAGUAUUGAAUGAGAAACAUAUUAUAAAGUGGUGACGGGACAGUUCUACAAAAUACACAAUUCGCAGGUAAAAUCCAGGAGAGGACAAAAUCAGGAGGAAGAAACCGUUGAAGAAAUGGGGGAAGAAGAAGAAGAUACUCAGAAACUAGACGAAAAAUUGAAACAGUUUGAAGACGAUGAUUCAACCACAUACGGUUCUUCAGAAACUACAACAAUUGAUGAUGAUAUCCAAAAGGCAACCCGAAAACGAAACAUAGUUUUUGAUGAAGAAAGAUUCGAAGAAACUUUCUUAAAAUGCAUGAUUUGUCGUGAAGUAUACGAUGAAGAUGAAAAGGCGCCAAAAAUGUUGCCUUGUCAUCAUACAUUUUGCCUAGAUUGUCUGAAUCAGAUGUUUCGAGUCGAAGGCGAGUAUCGACAGUCUUUAACAUCUGCUUUUCGAAGUAUGCCGAUGGCAGUCAAAAUUUGUUGCCCAACUUGCCGUGAUGGACUUAUAUGUUCUGAUCAAGACAUUAAACGCCUUCCAAAUGACACAACAAUACUCGAGCUUCUAAAUUACAUAAAACUAACCGGAAAGUCGGAUGUUCAGUAUUGUUCAAAACACAAGAUGCAACCUCUAAAUUUUUUCUGCGAGCCUUGUAUCACACCUGUUUGUUGUGAUUGCACGGUGCUUGAUCACAAAGAAAAGGAUGGUCACAUCGUAAUGAACGUAGAAGAAGCUUUGAAAAAAUACACACCAGUUUUGGAUGAAACUAUAACAGAAAUGGAUAAAUCUAUCAAAACCGUUGAAGAAAAGAAACAAGCGCUUGAAAAGGCGGCAGAAAAUAUUGAACAAAUUCAAAAAGAGCUUGCAGUCCAGGUCAGACAAACUUUUGAUCGAAUCAGAGAUGCCAUUGAUGAACGUGAACGUGAACUAUUUAAUAUGUCAGAGCAUGAAAUAGACAAGAAACGGAACGAAAUUGGAGAUCAAUUGGCUAUUGUUCACGAUCGAGAAGCUCUGUUGACAAAGGACAGGAACAAUCUUAAAGGCGCCAAAGACAAUAAAGAUAUAAGUGCCAUGUUUACUCACCAUCAGUCUGCCAGAGAGGCAUUAGGUAGGAAGGUAGAAAUCCCCGAACCUUCUCGUGCUACAAAAGACUUUGCUGUGAGUUUUCAGUUCAACAGUAGAGCAGAAAACAAUGUACGGUCAAAUAUAAGUGUAUUUGGAGAUGUCAGUUUCAAAUAAUCCUUGACAAUAUCAAUUUUAACUGUAUAAUCAUCGCAAAAUGCUUUCAAUUUUGCUUUUAGUAAUUAAGGUUUUAAUGUUACAACACGACAAACAUAUUGUCCUCUAGGUGCUGUUGAUAGCAUGCAUGUUCUUGCUUGAAAAAAAUUGAGACAGGAGAGGCUUUGGGGCAACACAACGAUAUAAAAACGGCUUUAAUAACAACGUGUUAACCUCUUUAAUACACUCUUCAAUUUUAGAGAUAGUAAUAGUACAAAAACAUGUGUGAACAAUUUCUUAUGUAUAGUUGUAUUCGACUGAUUUUUAUGAAUCAAUUUGAAAUAUGUUUACUCUCGAGGAGUGUUGUACUUAAAUUUAACGGCCCACGUACACUUUUAAAUCUCCAUGCUAUUGGAUUGUUAUUCAUAGUUAUCUCAUGUAUGUCAAGGAAAACUAUUAGAUACGCUUCAUACCUUUAAAAUAUUAUUUAUUCAUUCAUAUUUACGCAUGAUCUCUUGCCGAUAUUUAUUUAUAUAUUAAAAAAUCCAUGAAUUUUUCAUUAUAUAUAUGGUGCGGAUAUGAAAACUUCUGUGAAGUAAAAUUUUCAUACAACUUUUAUAGUUUAUUAAUUUCCAGUUGUGCCAUUGUAACUUUAUUUUAUACUUGAGCUAUAAAUCAUUGAUCAUUUGUAAUAACAUUAUCCUGACCUAUAUAUUGAAUCAUGAGGUUCCUAACACAAAUUUAAGCAGUCUUACUUCACUCUAGUCCCUUUUCAAAUUCAUUUGGUAAUUUUAUGAUCUGAAUAUAUCUACUACAAUGGAUCGCUUGUUCUAAAGUCUUGCCUGGUAGAAAAGGAUGGCGUCAGAUUUUUCUAGCCGUACCGUUCUUUUUUGGUAGUCUAAAAAAAGAUGACCAUAAAUUAUGUCGUCAUAUAAAAUACACAUUUUUCAGAUUUACGGAGAAAACCGUCAUAUCGGCUAAAAACAUAUAAUUUUUUUAUAAAAAAAAACUUUGAAUUUCUAUUAUUGUAGUAAAUGAGCGACGACAUUUCCUCUAACAGUCAGCCUUAUCAGUAUCUUGGUUUUUUUCAGCUUUAUGCUUCCACCUAAUACUCGCUUUGGUAUAUCAGAUUUAUACCAAUUAUGAGUCUUGUUCACUAAUGCUGGUCUAAGCUUAAACUGCUUAUAUUCAAAUUAUGAAAUGUACAUGAACUGUUGAUACACUUGUAAAUUGUGUUUGUAUAAAUCAGUCAUUGUU